CGUUUGACCUGUGUCAUGAUCAUGAUUUCCCUCUUACCAACUACUGCUCAAGCGCUCACCCCUCUCAACCUCUCUUGAUUUGAUUGAACGCACACGCAGGCAAUGGUGUUCGAUAACGAUUCCCAGUCCAAACAUCAGAACCGUCUUAACUCCCUUGCCCGCUACAUUGAAUCUGAGAAGUGCAAGAAUGUUGUUCUAAUGCUAGGUGCCGGUGUAAGCACCUCAGCCGGUAUACCUGAUUUCAGGUCGCCCAAGACUGGUUUAUAUGCCAACCUUGCCCGUUUGAAGUUGCCGUACCCUGAAGCUGUCUUCGAAAUAGGGUUUUUCCACAUUAAUCCCGUUCCAUUCUAUACCCUCGCUCAUGAGCUGUAUCCAGGGAAAUAUCGCCCGACACCAACGCACUCAUUCAUACGACUACUCGCCGAGAAGGGCUUACUGUCUAUGUGUUUGACGCAGAACAUCGAUACUCUUGAACGACGUGCUGGUGUUCCUGCGGAAAAGAUCAUUGAGGCUCAUGGGAGCUUCGCCAAACAGCGGUGUGUUAAGUGUAAGACGCCUUUUGACGACAAGAAGAUGAAGGAAAUGGUCAUGAAUUUCUCACAAAGGAAAGAGAUACCGAGGUGCGAGCGAAAACACUGCCGGGGCUUGGUUAAACCUGAUAUCGUUUUCUUUGGAGAAUCGCUUCCACCCGAGUUUAUGAAGGGUCCAUCGGCGAUCCAGAAAGCCGACCUUCUCAUUGUGAUUGGAACGUCUCUCACUGUUCAUCCGUUUGCCUCAUUGGCGAGCCAUCCAUUUUUGUCCUGCCCGCGAGUCUUGAUCAAUCUAGAUUCUGUCGGUGAUUUUGAUGAAGAAGACGACAUCAUUUUACUCGGAAAGUGUGAUGAAGUGGUGAAAGAUCUUUGUCGUCUCCUCGGAUGGGAAGAUGAAUUGAAUCGGUUAUGGGAAGAGACUGCAACUUCGGUAGAGGUCGAGACUGGAGACAAAAUCGAAGAGGCGUCAGUCUCUAGGAACCACGAUGCAGAAGAAGAGGUGGAUAAACUGGCGAAGCAGAUUCAGGGCGCGAUGAGUUUGCAGGAGAAAGAGAAGGAGAAAAGGAAGCCUGAAGAAUCCGAACAGCAUGAAUCUGUAAGGCCCGGGACCGGUGGUGCCAAAGAUUCAGAGGCUACUGGGGAUAAUCAGGAGCCAAACGGAGAUUUAGAGAAUCGACCAAUCCAAGGCGUCCCAUUAAAGGACCUCACUAAAGGCAAUUUGGAUGCAUCUAAAGACGAUGCAGAAGGGAAGGAGAAACUAUGAGGGAACCAACAUCGUCUGGCAUUGACUUCGGUUGAAUUCUUUUGUAUCCUCUGUAUUGAAGUGUAGUGUAUUAUAAUUCCAAUUGCAUUCGUAUAUUGUCACGUAUUUAC